CCAGCGGUGACAGCGCGAGUCUCUCGCAGCGGAAAACUAGUGCGCUGCAGCUGAACGGCGCAUUCGGUGAGAGGUCGGUAAAGCAGUCGAGUCUGCUCGUCGGCGAACCUCUCCCUCACUCGAAUCCGUAUCCACGUUGACGUUUUGUCCUCAAAAAUCCUGCAAGUCGAAGCGACAGGAGAAUCACCGUAGUGCUGGACACACAGCUCGGAUAUUGCCGCGGACGCUGAGGGCUGAGAAAUGGCAACGACAACUUGCACGCGCUUCACCGACGAGUACCAGCUGUAUGAAGAACUUGGAAAGGGGGCCUUCUCAGUGGUGCGACGUUGCGUCAAGCUGUGCACGGGCCAAGAAUAUGCUGCCAAAAUCAUCAACACCAAAAAGCUCUCGGCAAGAGAUCACCAGAAGCUGGAACGGGAAGCCCGUAUCUGCCGUCUGCUCAAGCAUUCCAAUAUCGUGCGGCUCCAUGACAGUAUAUCAGAAGAAGGCUUCCAUUACCUCUUAUUUGACCUUGUUACGGGCGGAGAGCUGUUUGAAGACAUUGUAGCCAGAGAAUAUUACAGUGAAGCUGACGCCAGUCACUGCAUCCAGCAGAUCCUGGAGGCGGUGCUUCAUUGCCAUCAAAUGGGCGUGGUGCACCGAGAUCUCAAGCCGGAGAACCUGCUCUUGGCCAGUAAAUGCAAGAACGCCGCCGUCAAGCUGGCCGAUUUUGGCCUGGCCAUUGAAGUGCAAGGGGACCAGCAGGCCUGGUUUGGGUUCGCUGGAACACCAGGUUAUCUUUCCCCAGAAGUGCUACGAAAGGAGGCUUAUGGGAAACCUGUGGACAUUUGGGCAUGUGGAGUCAUCCUGUAUAUUCUGCUGGUGGGAUAUCCUCCGUUUUGGGAUGAAGACCAGCACAAACUCUACCAACAGAUCAAAGCUGGGGCUUAUGACUUCCCCUCGCCAGAGUGGGACACGGUCACCCCUGAUGCCAAAAACCUCAUCAAUCAGAUGUUGACCAUCAAUCCAGCCAAGAGAAUCACGGCCCAGGAGGCUCUGAAACACCCGUGGGUCUGCCAACGUUCCACUGUGGCGUCCAUGAUGCACAGACAGGAAACAGUCGAGUGCCUGAAGAAGUUCAACGCAAGAAGGAAACUCAAGGGAGCGAUAUUGACCACCAUGCUGGUGUCGCGCAAUUUCUCUGUGGGCAGGCAGACCACGGCACCCGCCUCCGUCUCUGCAGCCGCUGCUGCGGCCGGUACCACCACCAGUCUGGUGGAACAAGCAGCCAAGAGCCUGCUCAACAAGAAGGCCGAUGUCAAGCCACAGUCAAACAGUGCCAAAAACAGCAUAGUCACCAGUCCCAAAGGAAACGUCCCUUCUCCUGUUCUGGAGCCUCAGACCACUGUUAUCCAUAACCCAGUGGAUGGGAUCAAGGAAUCUUCAGACAGCAGCAACACCACCAUUGAGGAUGAAGACGUCAAAGGGAAAAGCCUAGAUAGCGGUUCAGUAAAAGCCCCCGCUGAAGUCAGCCAAUCACCUCCGGGCUCCGCCCCCGCCAUCUUCUCCACCAAGCUGACCGACAUCCUGGGCUGCGCCCGUAGGGGCUCGGGACCCUCGGCUGUGCCUGAUAGCAAAGCAGCUGCCCACUCCACACAAUCCCCUCCACAGACCCCCAUCAUGCAGAAUCUGGUGAGCUGUGUGGGCCAUGCACCUGUCCCGCAACAUCAGACCGAGUCACCUUCCUCACGAACCUCAGUCCCCCCUCCCCAAACCUCCUCCCCCCCGACCCCCUCUGUGUCUGCACAGACACGCAAACAGGAAAUCAUCAAGAUCACGGAGCAGCUGAUAGAAGCCAUCAAUAAUGGGGAAUUUGAUGCCUAUGCGAAAAUCUGUGACCCUGGAUUGACAUCCUUUGAACCCGAGGCUUUGGGGAACCUGGUUGAGGGAAUGGACUUCCAUAGAUUCUACUUUGAGAACUUGCUUUCUAAGAACAGCAAGCCCAUCCACACCACUAUCCUGAACCCUCACGUGCACCUGAUUGGAGAAGAGGCCGCCUGCAUCGCCUACAUCCGCCUCACUCAGUUUGUGGAUGGGCAGGGCCGGCCACGCAGCAGCCAGUCGGAGGAGACCCGUGUGUGGCACCGCCGGGACUCCAAAUGGCAAAACGUUCAUUUCCACUGCUCCGGUGCGCCGGCUGCCCCUCUCCAGUGAAGAGCGGCCCUGCAAGCGAUACAUUAGAUGCGAGUGCCCUUCACGGAGGUGAAGGACAGGGAGGACUGAUAGGACGGCAGCAGAGGUCCAGCGUCGGAGCGCUCCGAACCCUCCAGCCUUCCAACGCUGGACACAGCCGUCCUCCCCUGCAUGCAAACCGACAGUUAUCUCUCUGCCAGAACCACCCUCACCUCUGACUCCACCCAGCACGCUCCCGACCGAACGUCUUUAUGCCAAGACUCAAGAUUACAUAUUUUAAUCAUCGAGGGCGAUCAUAGACUCCAGGUUCCCGUCUAGAGUUCUAAUAACCUGCACGAUUGCCGCCUUAUCCACGGUCCUUCGCACUCGUCUUCACUGGCCUUAUGCCCCCUGCGCCCAGGUACUCCCAAAUACAGUAGAUCAUGUUUUAAUAAAAAUAUCAUCAUUAUUAUUGUAUUUAUUGUUAUUGUUACUACUAUUGAUUAUAUAUGAUUAUUACUUCCGUCAGGAUUCUAAGUAUUGCUGUUGUUCUUGAGAUUGUAUAUUUGAUGGUCAAAUUACUGAUGUUUUGUUUUAAAACACUUAUUUUGUUCUCUUUUUUUUAAGCAUGGAUUAAAAUUUUGAUUUUUUUUUUUUUUUUGGUGUUCAGGUAAUCUGAAGUCUAUUUCGGCAGUGCUGUAUAUUAUGUUAAAGUUCACGGCUCGCUGGUAAAAGUAAAAAAGCAGCAGCGCACACGUGGUUUUAAGAUUCAAAACUCGUAGUCAAUUUUCUCGCGAAUAUGGUGGCGAGCAGAUUUUCUGUCACCGCGAUCAGUGUUUGUAUUAUCAGGUCACCAAUCAGAUCUCUUGGAGGCAGCUGACAUCACAUCAUUGAGAUUCGCCUCGUAUAUAUCUGCAGGUUGCCAAGUUGAAUUUCCUUCAAAAAGAGCUGUUUGUCUUUAAAUCAGAGCAUAAUCUCAUGUAUUGGCCCUUGAUGACCAGCAGCUGAUGUGUCCUUCUUACUGACAAUCAAUGCUGAUCUGGUUUUAUGUGAGUUUUGGUGGUCUGUGAGACUAGGAAUGUCUGUUUAAGCUUGUCUUCUUUUUCUCAAGGGAUCUUGUAGGAUGUUUCGAAUGAGUACAGCAUGUUGUUUUUAAGGGCCUUUCAUUUAAAGGAGCAGCUAAUUUACUGCUGUUCGCUGGCCAAGUGUGUUUGAGAUUUAAAUAGCCAUUCUGGAUCCCACGGUGAUCAGAAACCUGUGAAUUUUAACGUGUUUCUACCGUCGUCACAGGAACGUUGUGAUUCACCUCGACUCAGGCACCUACAGCUAUCAUUCUUUUUCUUUUUGUUCUGUACACGCAGGAACUUUUUAUAUAUUAUUUAUGUGGUAGUUUUGUUCUUUGUGGUUUUUUUUUUUAAGCGUGUGUGUGCGUGUACGUGUGUGUGGUUUUACAAUACAAUGGCACUGAUAUCCUGAAUGUGAAAGCAUCGUCACUAUAUUCAAGUGUUGAAAGCCAUAACGCAUAGAGCGAGAAUUUCCAGCGGAUUGUAAGGAUGUUUUUAUAAGUGUUGUCUUUCAGUCUUGCAGAACUGGAAGAUAGUCUUAUGUGGAUUGACUAGGGGGCUUCCUGACAACUGGUACUGUUCGUUUUUGAUGUCUUGUCAAAAGAUUUCUCUCUUACUGAAUGUGGGCUGCUACCUGAAGUCACAUGACCUUUGUUGAGGCUGCUCAGUGUGCUUUAUUGAUUUUAAAGGAGUAGUUAACCCAAAAAUAAAGCUUUGCUGAAAACGUAACUCACCCUCAGGCCAUCCAAGAUGUAGACGAGUUAUACAUUCAUCAGAACAGAGUUGAAGAUGAAAUUUAGCAUCACAUCACUUGCUCAGCAAUGGAUGCUCUGCAGUGAA